GACGAAACCUUACAUAGACAGUGUCGCGCCCCAUUCGUAAUCGUCUGGAAAUCAUGUUUUAAUGUUCCUUAUCAUUUUUGUUUCAUUAUCACCUCGCUCCGAUUCACUUCACCGUCGUCCAUCCGGUCCGGCGAUCCAUGUUUCUUAAAUUAUUAAACAUUUUUUUUCUUCUCAAAUGUGUGACUUUUAAAAGUUUAUAUUAAUAAAUACAAACACCAAAAACACCAACCAUGUAUUCUGUUUGGCGACAGUAUCAAUAUGUCUAUAGAAAUACACAUUGCCUGAAGUAUUAUUCAACUUCACCUCCUCAGAAACCAAAUUUUGUCAUGCAACUGAUCUAUAAUAUUAGAGAUGAGAUUUCUAAAAGCAAAGAGAUGAAAAAAAAUUUGGAACAAUUUCGUGCUGAAAAAAAGAAAUUGGAAGAAUCUGAUAACUUAAUUAAAGCUAGACAGAAAUUAAACACAAUAGAAUCAGAAACAUUCAAAGUGACUCAACAAGCUAAAAAUGUUGUUAAUGUUGUUAUGACUUCAGUUAAGAAAAAAGUAAAUGAAGCUAGUGAAUCUGAUUUGGCAAAAAAAGCAGGACUAUUAAGUGGAAGUAUAAGCAAAACAGUACUGGAAAGUGGAACAAAAAUUGGUCAGUCUGGUCCUGUCAAGACUUUUUCUAGUACUGCUGAAGCUAUUUCAGCACAAAUAGAAAGUGAUACUUCAUUAAAUUCACAUGUUUAUAAAGCACCAAAAACUUUAAGAAAACGGUCAGACUUGGGUCACCAGGGAACAGUUGUUCCUAAUGAAACAGAGACUGGUAUUACUGUUCAUAAAGACUCAAUGAUAUAUGAAAGUUGGAAAAAAUUCAAAUCUGAAAAUGUAUUUAUGCAAAAAUUAUCAGACCUAAAAGAACGGUUUGAUGACAGUGAUCAUGUUUUAGCAAGAGCUACACGUUCAGUAACUGACACUUUAUCAUCAGUAUUUCAUAAUGCUGAAAUGUCAGAUGUAGUAACAGAAUUGUGUCGUGUUGAACCUGAUUUCAGUUUAGUAAACUUUAUCCGUCAGUGUGAAACUGAUAUCAUACCAAAUGUGCUAGAAGCUAUAGCACGGGAAGAUCUAAUCAUUUUGAAAGACUGGUGUUUUGAAGCGCCUUAUAGAGUACUAUCACAUCCUGUUACUGAGCAUCGACAAAAAGGUCAUCAAACAUACUGCAAAGUACUAGAUGUACAUAAUGUAGAUGUUGUUACUGGAAAAUUAAUGGAACACGGACCUGUAUUAAUAAUAUCAUUUAGUGCCCAACAAAUCAUGUAUAUUAAAGAUGUGAAUGGGUUAAUCAUUGAAGGAGAUCCUCAUACUGUUAUCAGAGUGAUGUAUACUUGGGCAAUGUGUAGAGAUGUUAAUGAAGUAAAUCCAAGAGCUGCAUGGAAAUUAUUAGACAUAGCAGCAAAUUCCAGUGCACAGUUGUUGUAAACUGUAAUUAUAAGUUUAAGAUUAUUUGUGACAAAAUAUUUUAUUUCUCAAAUAUUCUUACUGUUUAAGUAAAUUUCUGUUUAAUAUUUGAUCAAUUAUUGUUCAAAGUUAACAAAGAACUGUAUUAUAUUAAGGUCAUACCUUAAUGUGUUGUUACUUAUUUAGUAAAAUUCUAGUUGGUUUUUAUUAUUUCAACGUGAAUUUGAAAGAAAUCCUUUUUUCCAUACAAUUUGUCUUUCAACAGCUAUUUAUAAAGAAGUAAUCCAGGAAAAUUGUAUGUACUUAAUGUCUUUAUUGGAAGAUCAAAAA